AUGGAGGAGGAGAGCCAGAGAAGCCCCAGUGGGAGAAGAGGAGGAGGAGGAGGGAGUGGGGGUGGGGAAAGAGGACUGGAAGGAGGGAUGAGCCAGCUCCGGAGGAAGAAAGGAGUGGCAGGAGGGAUGGCCAGAGGGGUCAGGGCAGCCGGAGACCGGAUGGAUGCGCCGAGGGAGGCCAAAGGAAAAGAGGGCGGGAGCGGGGCUGGGAGGCGGACGGGGCGCCCCCCUCCUGCGGCGGCGGCGGCUGGCUUUACCGUGGGCGCGGGCAGGUCGGAGCGCGGGCCUCCGCCGCCACCUCCAUUUGCCGGCAGCAGAAGCAGGAGGAGCCUCCGGCGCGGGUCCCCGGGGAGCAGCCCGCCGGUGGUGGCGGCAGCGCCAGCGCCGCCCCCCCCCGGCCGCCGCCGGCGCCUCCUCCGCCGCCGCCGGCGCCGCCACUGCCUCCUCCGACGGCCGGCCUCGCCGCCGCCGCCCGCCUCGCCCUCCUGCGGCUCGUCUUCUCCCUCGGCGCCCUCCUCCUCGUCGUCGCCGUCCGGCAGCAGCACCACGAGCAGGGCCAGCCAGUGCUGCGCGGGCCCGGCUGCAGCCUCCAGCCGCAGGGGGACGCCGCCGCCGCCGACUCCUCCGGCCGGGCCGAACCGGGCCAUGCCGCCUCCCUCCGCCUCCCCAGGGAGGAGGAGAGGAGGGGAGGGGGCUGGAGCCACCGGGCCGGGCAGGCUGACAUCAUCCGGGGAGGAGCGGACUCCGGGGGACGGACGGACGGAGCGGGAGGGGGAUGGCCGCGGGCGGGGGGCGCGCUGCGCUGGGGAAGGAGACGGAGACCCUCCCCCUCCCGCCCAUCCGGGGCCCCGCAACGCCGCUGCCACCUGCCCUCCCCAGAGCUGGCAUAACCUACCCAGAAGGUAUCCUGCUCUCAACACGCUCAUUUGGGGAACAAUGAGAACUAGUCCACUGACUUGGAUGAACACCGGGAGUAACUGCGGCGUCAGCCCGGGGGCAGAAUCAUAGGGCCAUGGAGGGUGCCUCAGACAUCAUCUAGUCCAACCUCCUGUUCAAUGCAGCAUCUCCGGUGCAGGUUGCGAUUGCAGCAUCCCUCACAGAUAUUUGACAAGAAGCAUCUGGGGAAUGGGCAAUGCUGUAUGCUGUUGGUCUUUGGGAGUUGACGCUUCUUUUUAAAAGACUGGCACUGUUUGUCUAUAUGACUACCUGCUGCUGUCUUUACCUGUGUAAAUAAA